CUUUCUAUAGGUGACAGCCAACAUGAGGUAUGGGUCAGACAGGGAUAUUGAAUGUGGAUUAAGAAGUGAAUUCUUUGGAUGCGAAGCAGAAAAAUACUGGAAUGGUGCGACAUACCUGGUUUAGAGCAGGUGUGUUGUCACAGUGCUCCAUCUUCAGGGCUGCUGAAGAUAUUGCACAGCUUUGCCUCUUUUUGGUCAGGACCUUGGGCACAACACCAUUUUUAAUGGAAUGUCUUUAUAAAUCUCUUAAUAAUGAGUUCACGACUCCCUUCUCCCCACCACCACUGCACCCCUGACUUGAGUGAUGAAAUUAUUUCUCCAGCGCACCAAACAACCGGACCUGAGGAUUGCAGCUACCCUAUAACCAGAGCCGUAGCCCAUAGGGGCAUCAUCCUAACCAUGUCUAAUAAUUACUGUGUGGCAAGCUGGAUUCCUUCAAAAUUAGCAGUUAAUCAGUGGAACCAGGCAUGCCACUUGUGCAGCUCAGAGAGUCCGACGGUCCCAUUGAAACCCAGUUGUCUGGCUCUAGUGAGUGGAUUGAAUAUGAUAAACUGCAGUUGGGAUCCGCUCACGUCAACAAGUACGUUAAGGGAACAAUUUCAGUGAAGUAUUCACCGCAUGAACUUGGAACAGGAGAAAAAGUUUUAAAAAUGGCUUUGGAAGAGUCAACUUUGCAGCCAUCAACAGCCAGCCACGCUUCAAUCAACACCUUUAUAUUUGGAAAGUUGGUGGGAGACUGUGAUAGCAUUCUUAAACAAGGGGACACGGUGGUGCUCAGGAAUUUCCAAGUUACUGAGUCCUCAAGUGCCAGUAAGGAUGGAAGGCAUGCUUUUCAGCUCGAACUUUCAGAUGAAGCAGGAGCCACUGUGUUUGUUUGUAGCAAAACUGGGCAAGAAUCGGCACCGAUCAUCCAAAAGCCUAAGGUUGGAUCACGUGAUUAUAGUUACACGCCACUAAAUAUGAUCAAAGAUGGCGUCACUGUAAACGUGUAUGGCGUCGUGAAGUUCUUCAAGCCUCCAUAUCGCACCAAAGGAACAGAUUACUGUUCUACUGUCACCAUAGUGGACCAUUCGGAAGGAAAACUCAAUUGCGUGAUUUUCAAUGGGAAUCCUGAUCUACUUCCUAAAAUCUACAAAGUUGGCGAUGUGGUUCGCUUCCACAGAGUGAAGAUUCAAGAAUUCAACCAUGAACUUCAGGCCAUCAGUACCCCUGGUUUCUCAGCCUUGACAUUUGAUGGAACUGUAGGAGCAUCCAUUAAUCCAUGGACAUCCAGCAAGACAUACAAUUUCACAUCUACAGACCAGCAAAAGGUGGAGGAACUGCGCAGAUGGGCAAAUGCAAACAUUUCCCUCCUCAAAACAGCGAUCAAACUCUCAGAAGUCAAGCCUGCUGAAUAUUUUGACUUGACCUGUCAACUUGUUGCAAAAGCUGUAGUGGAUCGAUCUGCUGUUAUGCUGAAGGUCUGGGAUGGCACCAAAUGCCCACACCCAUUGAGGCUGGUCCCAGUGGCCGCGGACGCCUUGGAAGGAGAUCUCAGUGAAAUCCGUGGACUGAGCCAGAUGGCUGUGGACGUACUGGUGUACGAUAAUCACACUAGAGUUGCCAACUCCCUCAAGCUGGGAGCGUACCUGAAAAUCCACAACAUUCACGCAAAGCUGACAGCAGCCAGCGCCGAGAAACAGAAUGAGAGUCUGGACGGAGGGCCAGAGAUGGAAUUCCACCUUCAUGGGGGCACGUCAUACGGACGAGGGAUAGUGGUGUUGCCAGCAGACUGCAGUGACACUCAGAGGCUGAAGCAAUCUUUAGAGUCAGCACUUCCUUCAAAUCAGGAUAGCAUGGGAGAACUUGCGCAGAUGGAAAUACUGAACAGUUCAAGUGGGCCUUCAGCAUGUCAAGAAUUCUCACCAGAUUGCAUAGAUCGAUGUCAUCAGGAAUCUGCUACAGUGCUCACAGCUCAUCAGCACAUCAGCACAACCUCACUAAGAGAAGUUUUGGACAAAGCAGCUCCCUGCAAACAUCGCAUUAGAGCUAAGCUCGUGAAUUACGAACCCAGAGCUCUCUACCAGUCAGUGAAACUGUAUUGUCCCAAGUGUCGUACACUGCAGGAGAUUCCAGAUGACGAUGACAUCAAUGCCUUGUUGCAAGAUGCUUGCUGUGCUGGUGCCUCACCUGGUUCCCAGCCACAUGAUGCGGGGUGGUAUGAAACAACUAUCUGGGAACAAGGAGACCAAAGGCGGCAUCAGAUCAUAGUCCGCUUUGUGAAGACAAACAGGUUGCACAGGACCCCAGAACGAUGCACAAUCCUGGUGGAAAGGGUAACUCUGAAUGAGCUGUACCACUUCUCCGAGAAGUUUGGAAAUGUCAUUCCCACCACGUCCAGUACUGAUCACUUGAUACUAACUGACCUUUCCGUUCCUUUCCUGAUACAAGAUGGGAAAUGGCAUUAUGGCUGCAAGCAAUGCUCUCACCCUCAGCCAGUGAGUGCUCUUCAGUCCCUGACUCACAGUGAUUCAUGGGAGCUACCAGCAAUAGCCAAAGUUUUAGGCAUCCAAAGGCUACAUUAUGUUUUCGUCUUGAAGUUUACACUGGAUGAUGGAACGGGAUCACUGGAUGCAUUUUUGUGGGAUGAAGCGGAACGAUUCUUUGGGAUUCCUGCAGCUGACAUUGUGAUCAGUGAAGUACUUCAGGAAAAGCUAACAAAAAUAAUGAGUACCUUGUGUCCUCCAAAGACAGAUCCCGAAGGCUCUCCAUGGCUAGAAUGCUGCCUCAAGUCCUAUUACGUCGGGGAAGGCUCGGAGGAGAAGACGUGCUAUCAACUUUUCGAUACCACAUUUGCAGGAUUUGAAGGCAUCUAACAUUUCAUGAACACAUCCUGAACCAACUUUACCGAGAGUGAGCCCUGAAGUAUUUUAGUAUUUCUUCGUGUAUUAAAGAUAUCUUCAUCCUUCAUCGGUUAGGGGCGGUUACUAUUGCUUUCAGAUUUCUGUACAUUAUUUCCUUAACUAGGAUAAUGGAUGAACAUCAAACCAUUAUAAUCUGUAAGGCAGCAUCUAUGAUAGAUAGAUACCACCAGCAUUUUGUGUGUGCUGCUUGGAUUCCCAGCACCUGCCGAUUUUCUCCUGUUUGUGACAUUACCUUAUGGUUGAGUUUCUCUCCACGUAAGUGCAUCAUUGUCCGCUGCCAAGUAUCAUUAAGAAUGGAUCCUUUUUAUAGAACUACUGAAGACAGACAGAUUAUGAUAAAAAGCCAUGGUUCAUCAUAAAGCUUAGCUUCACUGCCAAACUUUUUAAACGUAAGUGGUUGCUGGCUAGCUCAGUAACUACAUGUUCACUUUAGACAAUUGGUUCAGUUUCUCGCUAAUCAUAAAACAGUAAUGUUUAUUCCUGAAAGAUGUUUUAAACUUUCUCCCUCAGCACCUGUAUUAUCUCUUGUAGCUGUCAUUUAGAGAUUUGUUCUGGAUUCUUCGCUUUAUAAGGAUUGUUUUAUGCUCCUUUAUGACGCACACCAUUGUAUUUUAAUACAGUUUACACUGGCUUUAUCCUGUCACUAAUUCUGUUUGUGCUGAAAAGACACUGUACAUUUCAUGCAGCCCAUAUUCAGUCAAAUUGUGGCAACUGAGGCACCUUCCUGCAAAUUUGUUAAGCAACUUUGUAAGAUGUCCGAGUUCUUUAGAAGUUAGGAUACCUUGCAAUAUUGAUGAACUGUAGCAACUUCAGAUGACUUCAUGACAUGUCCUGUAUGUAUAGAUACGUUUGUAUAUAAAAGUUCCAUAGCCUGACGUUGAAUUUCACAGUUUGUUUUGCUACAUAGAAUUGAAUUUCAGAUUUUGUUUCUUUUUUUUUAUCUAUUUUAAAAGCCUUGAAACGGACUGAAAAGGAAUUUAAACCAUGAAAUUACAUCCAGAGAAGUGCAGUUUCCAAUAUCUGGGCAGCAAAGACCAAACCAGCCAAAUACACAGUGACUGCAGUUUGCAGCUGACUGGCCACCAGGGGGCAGGUGACUGCGCUUGUUGCAUAGAGAGAUGUCAUUUAGAAGCAAUUUGUUGCUCUCUUUGGGGCAGUAAUACUACCCCUGAGCAGCACGCUCCAGCCCGGUAAUUGUAUUUCACCAUAUUGGAGAAAUUAUUCAUUGGAAUGUAGGAGAAUAAGAAUUUUACAGAGGCGUAUAAAAUCAUGAGGGACCUAGAUAGGGUGAGUGCGCACAAUCUUUUUCCCAGAGCUGCAGAAUCAAGAAAUCAAGGAUAUACAGUCAGCCCUCCUUAUCCGCGAAUUCCGCAUGCGCGAAUUCAACCAACCGCAAAUCGCGAAAACCCGGAAGUGCUCUUCCAGCACUUGUUUUUCGAGCAUGUACAGACCUUUUUUCUUGUCAUUAUUCCCUAAGCAAUGCAAUAUAACUAUUUUACAUAGCAUUUAUAUUGCAUUAGGUAUUGUAAGUAAUCUAGAGAUGAUUUAAAGUAUACGGGAGGAUGUGCGUGGGUUAUUGUGGAUCGGGAUCGAAAAAAAUUGGAAGUUCUCUUACUCAGUAAGUCGGAACAGAUACAUCUGUAUUAUUUAGCAUCAGUCAAAAGUUUGUCUUAGUAUAUAGUAUGUAUUUUACCGUUCUAUGCAUAUAAAACACUUAAGAAUGUAUGUUUCAGUGCCGGGCUCAGGAACUUCUUCCGGAGUUCAAUCCAGUGACAGACCGCUAUCGAGCACGCUCUCCACCGUGCCGGGUUGAUGUGAGGAUCAAAAACCCCAAAACCCAAUAAGGCUACAAUUAUUGCUUAGUAAUAAUUGUUGCUUUCAUCAGGGCACAGCCUUUCUCACUUUAUCCAUUAAAAUUUUUCCGAUCGUUGACCGACUGUAGCCUAACGCUUUUCCAAUGACCAAUGGCGUUUCACCUCUUUCUGAUUGCUUUAUUAUUUCCACCUUAUUUUCAAUGGCGAUCGUGAUUACGUUUGUGAACAGAAACACUGCGGAUUCAGAUCUCUGCCACUGGGUCCUAAUGUCCACUGCACUGAGACUGGUUAAAUAAGGUCUGGGGUUCUGCUGGGUACUAAGAUCCUCCGCAUUGAGACAGGUUGAAUAAGGGAUUUCAGCAUCCGCAAAUUUUGGUAUCCGCGAGGGAUCCCGGAACCAAUCCCUUGCGGAUAAGGAAGGCCGACUGUAGUUAAGUGAGGGGAAAGAAUUAAUGAGAACCUGAGGGACAACAUUUACACCAGAAGGUUUGAAGAUAUGGAAUGAGCUGCCAGAGGAAGAGGUUAAGGCAGGUACAUUAACAACAUUUAAUAAACAUUUGGAUAGGUACAUGGAAAGGAAAGGAGGGAUACGGGCCAAACACAGAGAAAUGGGGCUAGCAUAGAUAGGAAUCUUGGUUCGCCUUGACCAAUUAGGCCAAGGGGGCUGUUUCCAUGCUGUAUGACUCUUUGGCUCUCUAAGUGCUAACCCAGUGGACACCGAGACAUCCAUUAAAACUGCACAGAAAUACUACAGGCAUAAAAGGGAGGCAACGUCAUCAGUGAUGUAAGCAAUAAAUUAAAAUCUGACAGCUAUAAAGAGAGGAAGCAAGUGAGAUGUACGUGCAGAGAACGUGACUCAAAAAUAGCACUGUAAGGCAUAGGUGCAGAAUUAGGCUGUUUGGCCCAUCGAGUCUGCUGCGCCAUUUCAUCAUGGGUUGGAUGCGUCAGUGGAUUUGCCCGCCUGAAGGAUGCUCUCACGUCGGUCUCAGAGGCUGAAAUCAUAAGGUCAUCGGGUCUCAGAAAGUUCGUGAAGGUGCCUCUGUCCUCAGGACUGAACUCUGUGCCAUGGUUGCUUGUGGUUAAUGCAACAUUAUUAUAUCACCAUGUCAUAUGUGAACACUUCACUUUUUAAAAAAAACUGAGUAGAAAAGUAUUCUGUCUCCUGUGUUUUUCUUUCGAUUAGCUUCUGGAGUUAUAAAACAUAAAAGGGACAUUUUGCUAUUGGGCAUUCAAUUCUGGUACUGUCUGUAAGGAGUUUGUACGUGCACCACGGGUUUCUGCUGGAUACUUCAGUGUUUUCCCACAAUUCGAAGAUGUACUAUUUAGUAGGUUAAUUGCUCAUUGUAAAUUGUCCUGUGAUUAGCCUAGUGUAAAUAGGUGGGUUGCUGGGCAGUGCGGUGGGUUGGGCUGAAAGGACCUGUUCUGCGGUGUAUCUCUAAAUAAACAGUCACACUUAAACGUCUUCCCACAGAAGCAAGGGAGAACAUGUGAAUUUGUGUUUGUUUAAGAAAACUUGACAGGUUUUGCACAGGGAUAGUGCCAAAUGCAACCAUCCAGUUGGUCUAAUCUCAAUAUCCUCCUCAUGUAACUUGGAGAAAACAUUUUAUCGUUAGACAUCAGUACUAUAACCAGGCUGAUAGUGAUUAAAAUAGGACACCAUAUUACAUCCUGGAUGUUCCCACAGUGUAUGAUUUGCUUCAUUCAGUUUUAAAUGGCAGAGACCACAGGAGCAGAAUGAGGACAUUUGGCCCACAAAGUCUGCUCCACCAUCAAUUAUAGCUGACCUUCUACUCUCAACCCCAUUCUCUCACCUUCUCCCUCUAACCCUCAACCGCCUUACCACCAAGAACCUAUCAAUCGUUGCCUUAAAUACACCCAGUGAUGUAGCCUCCACAUCCUCUGUGGCUAUGACUUCCACAGAUUCAGAUGACAGAAUCUUCGAAGGAGAACAUCAGCUCUUCACAAAGCAAGCAAAUUCUUCCUUAUUACGGUUGUGUGAAAGGAAAGAAAUAAACAUUUUUAAUACACUAGUAAUUCAGACUAUCAACUUAAUUGAGUUUCCAAUGGAUAUAAUUGGUGGUUGUUACUAAAAUUUGACCUCACUCUUGAGUCUUCCUGCAGUUUUAUUGCUUUCAGCACUUCUGUGUUAGAUGUCCAAUUCCUCCCUGCAAAAUUAGAAGUUGUCUUUCAAACAGAAUAUUACUCGGCCAGAUUUUGCCAGCCUGCAGCUCUGUGCUGAACUGCCAGUAUAUAAUGGUGUAAAUGGAAGCAAGAUCAGCAUUCCUGUGUGGAUGUGUGUCAGAUUAGCUGACGAUUUCAUAUCUGUACUCUGAUAUUGGGCUCCAUAAUUCAGCAAUGAAGGGUAAUUUUGCAAUAAUCCUCUGCACUUAUGCUGGUGAAUCUUCAUAUUGAACCUUGCACCAGAAUAGACCAUUUGAGUGUUUCAUGUGAGUUAAGUGUUAAGUAAUUCUCAUUUUGAACUUAUUAACUUCAGUGAGAUUUCUUAAAAAAAAAUUAUGUUCUUAAGUGGCAUUUUUACCUUUUUUUAAUAUUGAAAUAUAAUGUGUGUGUAUGUAUGUAUGUAUAUAUAUAUAUAUAUAUAUGUUAUAUUCUUACAAUUUGAAUUUUAAUAGCUUUUAAUUCAUAAUGUUUGAUUUUAAUUUAUGUUGUUUGGCAAGUUUGACGAGGGUUAGACUGUUUUAUGACUGAGCUUUUCCUGUCCCCUUUAUAUUGGAUUUCACACAGACAUUUUGAAGCUGCUGUGAGAACAUUACCACUGAGGACCGACUUCGAACUUAAGUUGUUACCAGUGGGUAUUUGGAAAUGUGGGUUUUGACAUUUAUCUUAGGUUGGUGGGAUCAGAAUCAGGUUUAGUAUCACCUGCAGGUAUUGUGAAAUUUGUUAACUUUACAGCAGCAGUGCAACGGAAUGCAUUAUAAAUAAAU